CCAUCCUCCAUCCAUCCUCCAUCCAUCCUCUGCACAUCAAGAAGUGAAACUGCAGAUUCUGCUGUCAUGUGUGUGUGUUCUGCUCUCUGACCCUCCACUAUGUAGUCACCUGAGUGCUGACUGCAGAGAUUCCUCCAUAUGGCAUCCCUCUAAAACACCGACUCUUUCCGGUCCUGUCCUCCUCAUCCUCCUCAUCCUCCCGGUUCAAGAUGCUGCAGAUCGGAGACGAGGUGGUGUAUUUCUCGGCGCUGUUUCUGCUGGUGUUGUUGGGUACUCGCAGCGCCACGGGAGCUUCUCUCCUCACCGUAUUUCUCUACGUCUUCAUGGUGAUGUUCCGGUUCCCUCAAGUGCCAGCGGACCAGGCCGGACGCGUCCUUCGGCCCGGAGCUUCGGCUCCAUCAGGCGGCGUCUCGGUGGUGGCGCACCGCGGAGGCAGCCACGACGCUCCGGAGAACACCUUGGCAGCCAUCAGAGAGGCCAGUAGGAACGGGGCAACUGGCGUGGAGCUGGACCUGAGUUUCACAGCCGACGGAGUGCCCGUACUGAUGCAUGAUGAGACUGUGGACCGCACCACCAACGGCUCUGGACUGGUCAGCAAACUGCAACUGGUCCAGCUUAUGAGACUAGAGGCGGCUGCACGUCACAGGCUGAAGGACAAGUUCAGCGGUGAGAAGGUCCCGACUCUGCAGGAGGCAGUAGAGGAAUGCAUCAGACACCAACUGACCAUCUUCUUUGAUGUCAAAGAUCAACCUGAUAAGGCUGCAUCAGUGCUUCAUGAGAUGUAUAAGAAGUUCCCUGUGCUUUACAAUUCCAGCAUUGUUUCUUCCUUUGAACCCAAAGUCAUCUACAAGAUGCGUCAGACCGACCCCAACGUGGUCACUGCUCUCAUCCACCGCCCCUGGAGACUGAGCCGCUUCGGCGAUGGCACUUUACGGUCCCUGUCGGCAUCGGGUCAGCUGUGGAUGGGGGUUCUGGACGUGUUGUUGGACUGGGCCCACCACCACAUACUGUGGAAACUCUGCGGCGUCUCUGCCAUCCUCGUACAGAAAGACUUCAUCUCACUGGAUUACGUUCAGUACUGGGCAGAGCGAGGCGUGGAGGUGGUGGGCUGGACCGUGAACACCGCUGUGGAGAAAGACUACUACCAAAACCUGCUGAAGAUCGGCUACGUCACUGACAGCCUGCUGGAAGACUGUGAUCCGCAUUACUGAAUGAUCACACACACACACACACACACACACACAUACAGGGAUUAUUAAAAUCUCAAGUGUUUCCAACAAGAUUUUACAGCUUCUUAAUGAGCAAAUUAGAAGUUGGAAACUACUUAGUUAGACAUAAGACUACAUAAUUACUACAUUUCCUAGUUUCUUGUCCUUUCGAAGAACAUAAAAUAUUGAAAUCUAUGUAAAAAUAUAUAUAGAUAUGUAGAUUAAGUUAAUUAUAAGGUGGAAGGAAGCUAGAAAUUUGGUGCUAAGGCCAAUCUUUAUAGGAAUACAUAUAUGAUUUACUAUAGAGGUAAGAACACGUCAUUACCUGUAGCUGGCAUACAGGUAAUUCCCCUUUAAAUCUACAGACACAUUAAAGCAUAAAGACUUUACCCUACGACCAGCAGCAAUGCCUCUAACUCUAAUGGACCAGGGAUUAGGAUUAGGCUACCUUAAAAGAUCUUUUCUACCUUAUGUGCAGAUCGUUCAGAGGCUUUAAAGAGACAUCAGUGUAUAUAGCUGUAACAUUAGACAUGCUGGCAUCAUAUCAAUGCCUGCUAUCGUGAUAUUUAUUUACUGAUAGACUCUAGAAGAUCUUAAUAUUCUGACAUGAUGAUACUUGAUUGUUCAGAAACUUGCCUUCUGUCAUUAAGUGCCACAGAUGCACAAGUGAAUUAAAGUAAUAUCUGAUUGUAUGUGCUAAAGGGAAUCCUGAUACACAUGUGGUGGGUGUGAGUGCUGAUUAGACUGUUGUCAGGCUAUUAAAUAGGUGUUAUCAAUCGCUAUAAGCCCCAUAGAUGUGGGUCAGUAGGGGCCUAUUACACCCGCUAUUGGGUUUUAUCAUCUAUUCACAUGGCAGACCACCAAAAGAAGGUACAAAAGAAUAUGAAAGCGACCUCUAGCGACCAUAGUAAUUAUGACGGGAGCAGAAGUCAGGCGCUGUAGUAUAGACAGUAAGAAACUCCAUAAAGGGUGGAGGUUGUGAAACCAACAAUGUGUAGUUGUCUAUGUGUUCAUAGUUAUUUUAACCCAAAACACAAUGUUUUUCCCUUCCCCUAAAUCUAAACAAGUUGUAGUUUU